AUGGAUAUUACGAUGAUCGGUUUGCAAAAUGCUGGAAAGACCUCUUUGUUGAGAGUGCUGGCGCGUGUCCAAAAAGGUCACGUCACCCUUAAAUGUUGGGAUCUAGGUGGACAGCCACGCUUUCGUUCCAUGUGGGAACGAUAUUGCCGCGGUGUGAAUGCGAUCGUAUUUAUUGUCGACUCAGCCGAUCCGGACGCCUUACCAAUCGCUAAGGAUGAGCUUCAUCUGUUGUUAGAAAAGCCAGUUUUGCAAGGUAUACCACUUUUGGUGUUGGGAAAUAAGUCUGAUUUGGAAAACAAGCUGAGUGUGGAUGAGUUGAUUGAGAGAUUGGAUUUGAAGAGUGUGGGACACAGAGAGGUGAGCUGUUAUGGGAUCAGUGCCAAGGAGGAGACGAAUUUGGAUGCGGUUUUGCAAUGGCUGGUUGCGAGAGCGAAUAAAUAA